GGUUCCUCUGGGUUUUUGAGCCCAUCACCCAGUUCAGAUAGAGUCAGAGGCCAAGGAGGAGAACAUGAUGAUGGACCUUUUCGAAACUGGCUCCUAUUUCUUCUACUUGGACGGGGAAAAUGUUACUCUGCAGCCCUUAGAAGUGGCAGAGGGCUCUCCUUUGUAUCCAGGGAGUGAUGGUACCCUGUCCCCCUGCCAGGACCAAAUACCCCCUGAAGCCGGGAGCGACAGCAGUGGAGAAGAACACGUACUGGCGCCCCCCGGCCUGCAGCCUCCCCACUGCCCGGGCCAGUGUCUCAUCUGGGCUUGCAAGACCUGUAAGAGAAAAUCUGCCCCCACCGACCGGCGGAAAGCCGCCACUCUGCGCGAGAGGAGAAGGCUCAAGAAAAUCAACGAGGCCUUCGAGGCGCUGAAGCGGAGGACUGUGGCCAACCCUAACCAGAGGCUGCCCAAGGUGGAGAUUCUGCGGAGCGCCAUCACCUACAUUGAAAGACUGCAGGACCUGCUGCACCGGCUGGAUCAGCAGGAGAAAAUGCAGGAGCUGGGGGUGGACCCCUUCAGCUACAGGCCCAAGCAAGAAAUCCUUGAGGGUGCGGAUUUCCUGCGCACCUGCAGCUCCCAGUGGCCAAGUGAUCAUUCCAGGGGGCUGGUGAUAACUGCUAAGGAAGGAGGAGCAAGCACCGAUUCCUCAGCCUCGAGCAGCCUUCGAUGCCUUUCUUCGAUCGUGGACAGUAUUUCCUCGGAGGAGCGCAAGCUCCCGUGCUUGGACGAGGUGGUGGAGAAGUAAUUGCGCCAGCCCGGAAGACCCCUUCGCCUAAUCCUUUAGAUUAGGUCACGUUGCAUUAAUAUUUAGGAACCAGACUCCAGAGCUUAGGAAAGGGAAAGAGACAUACUCACAAAGAAACUGUUGUGCACAUUCAAAUGAAAAAGGCCUUUUGGCUUUGGGUUUUUAUUCUUUGGAACAGUGAGUGGCUUAGGUCUAGCACCCUUAUUUUUGUUGUUUGGUUUUGUUAUAUAUCCACUUUUAUUUCGGUCAUCCUUUUGUGCCAUACUCAAAAGAAGUUCAUUCCUGUCUAAAGCAAAGUGGGAAAGUUGAAUCUUAGUGAUAUUUAAAUGUAUUUUUGUAAAUAAUCGUAGUAUUUUCAUUUUUUAUGUAAACCUUGGAAAUAUAUUUUAAAUGUGGAAUGAUAGAUUGUAUAUAAAAUGUGUGAGGAUCCUGGUAUUGUAAUAUUAAAAGUAAGUUUCUAUAUGAAUAAAGUUGGCCUUAAUUUGAUUCAGCUGAGAAACUAUGUUUAAGGGCAACAGUAAAGAGGAGAAAUAUUUUAAUUCAGACAGUACACAAGCCCGUUUAUUUGAGUCUUCUCUUUCAUGCUGAUUUAAAGGCAGGAAAAUGAGUUGCUUUGUUUUGUCUGAAUCAAACUGAGCACUUCAGUAUUUUACGUAGAUCUCUCACUUAGAAUUGAGCGUGAAGAGGGAAUUUGUAUUUUUUCUUUUGUUAGCAUCUUUUCUUUUCUGUUCUACUGUUCUGUACUUUGGCAGUCUGGGUAAAAUCUACUACCCAAGAUUAACAAUUGAAUGUUCAAUCUAGCAAAAUCGUAUUACAAGGAACCCCAAGCAAAAGUCUCUGCUUGUUUUCCCAGAUGACUUUCAGUUCUGUUAGUCAAGAUUCGUGUUUCCCUCGACAUUCCAGGCUGUUCCCAAGAGUGCUCUGGAGUACCAGAGGGCUGCCUUGGCCUCCUCUCCUAGUUUUCUUGAACUAGACCGGUCCCUGGCAGCCUGGAAUAUCCUCCACAAGGCCUCCUUGGCUUGGGUUUGUUUUCCCAAUAGAAAGAUAAAAGAAGGGAACAAUCUGUCUCUUGAGGUAAGGAGUUACUUCAAGACAGGGAAGGGUUAAAUGGCUGAAGGGAAAAGACAACAACAACACACAUGAAACCUCUUAGCUGGGCCAAACAGCAAAACCCCAGAGAGGCUAGAAGCCCCAGGAGUUCCCCACGGUGAGGAUUUUGCAACGUGUGCCAGGUUUGUUUAUCUAGUAACCUCAGGAAGAAACGACCACCGACCACCGAGAAACGCAGUGGGAAGGGAGGUGGGGGACAGGAGCAAGCCAUUUCUUUUGAAUUACCACUUUUCUCUUACAUUCUGUAAAUAGUUCCUUCACUCCCUUCCCCUAUUCCUUAACUUCUCCCUUCUCUUUUAGCCUACCGCGGUCUUCAAAUCAAAUAGAAUUCAGCAUUCUGCAGCCCAACCUUGCUUCCUAACCCUCAAAGGGCUGGACCUUAUUCUUUAUUGGACCCCGAAGAAGUUUCAGAAAGUGCCACAGACAGAGGCCUCUGCAGGUGUGCAGUUAAAUCUUGCCCCUUUCUCUGGUCAGAAAAGAAUGCCUCUUUCUGGAGGUAAUGUAUCUGAAAUUCUUGGGACCAGAAUUGUUUCAGAUUUUUAAAUAUUUGCAUAGACUUUGUGGUUAAGCAUCUCUAAUCCAAAAAAAAAAUCCAAAAUCUGAAAUCCUCCAAAAUCUGAAACAUUUUGAGUUCUCUGGCAGCAGUCCAAAUGUUUGGAUUUCAGAGUAUUUCAGAAUUUGGAUUUUUGGAUUAGGUAUGCUCCACCUGUAGUUUGCUUAAUUGGCAUAUGGAUAAUUCUGUUCAUUCUGAACUACUGUUAAAAUGCAGACGAAUUCAUAGAGGAAAUGGACAUUGACAUAUAAUACCCUUUAAAGUCUUGAGAGAGACAGGUGGAAGAUUCAGUGGAUGCAACUGUUGAGUUUACAGGAAGCUGACUGCCCAGAUUAAAUUCAUGCUGCUAUUGUGUUGCCCUGGACUAGUCACUGUUCCUUCUUAGUAAAGUUGCCUCAUUUAUGAAAUAAUGGGGUAGAUAAUAGAGCCUGAUUCUUAGGGUGGUGAAGAUUCACUGAGAUAACACACAUGAAGCCAAAAGAGCACAAAAUAAGUGCUAGAUACCAACUCUCUUUAUUUUUUCAUUAGUAAAACUAAAUUAACCAUUGAGAAGUUUCUUUUCUACAAAAAGCCAUGAUUCCUUCAAUCGUUGCUGGCUUUGGCUGGGAAAAAUAUUUACAAGGAGAACAGCAGCAGUGUGAAUGACACAUUUUUAGUGGGUUUUGUAUUAACUCAUAAUCCUAAAACAACCACCAAGAGAGGUACUGUUACUACUUCUACUUUAGAGAAGAGGAUUCCUUGGAAUAGAGUGGUCCCACCAUCUGCUAAGUAGAAAGCCAGAUCUCAGAGCCAGGCAAUUAUCAAUGGCUGCAAGCUUCUGCUCUCAACUGCCAUGCACUCUGGAAGAGUAGCCUUGGGAACGUAGGCACAUUUUAUGGUCUGUAGAAUAAUUUGGCUCACUUUGACUAUUGUUUCCCAAAAGCUCUUUCCCCACAGUGGUUAGCUACUGAACUCCAAAUUAGAAUAUCUUUCUCUGAGAAAUAAAUGAGAAACUAUUUACCAACCAAAUUAUCCAACCAAGAUGUGUGUGACUAUAUCUGAAUGGUGUGUAUCCCCCGUUAACCAUGCAUAUUAUAUAUCUAUGGAUUUUUUUCCUGAGAAUAAGUAAGAAUUUGCCCUAAAAUGUAUAUAUACACCUAUAUUUUUGAAAUCAAAUUUAUUACACAACUAAAAUAAUACAUCAUAAUUGACUAGGUUACAUUCAUUUUCUUUAUGAUUGUAUUUAUAUGUAUAGUAAGAUUUGUAUUAUAAAUUGUACAGCAGCAGGACAUUUUUAUCCGUUCAUGGACUACUUGUUGAUGGAUUUUAUUCAGUCUUUGUAAACCAAAUCCUCUCUAUCUUUCUUAGCUAGGUAACUUGAGAAAUUGUUUGGAAUAAGUUUGCCUAUGGAAGUCUCUUCAUUAAAUAGAGCAAAUAUUUCCCAAAGACUUCAUGUGACCUCCCCUGCUGUAGCUGCUGACAUACUGGACUUUCCAAUGAAAUUCUUGGUGUGUUUGCAAUUAAAUUGUUUUUGUUUGAUAUUAAUGAUGAUAAUCUUUACCAAGGCCAAAGCCAAAACAAAUAAGGCUGGGGAAGCAGAAA